AUGACAUUUCAGUGUGGGUGGCUUCAGAUUCAACUCCUCCUCUUCUACCAGCUGGCCACCAUCACCAUCUGUGAUCCAGAUAGAGGGCAGUUUACCAAGACUUUCUUAGGCGAGAAGGAACAGAAUACUUUCCCCAUUCCUGAGAUUAUCUUUGACCCAACCUUAGUCCUCAGCCCCUAUGUAUUCCUUCUAGGGAUGCUGUUUCGCAUCAAGGUGUUCAAGAACUUCUCUAAAGACAGGCUAGUGGUAGAUUGUCCUAAAAAUUUGUAUAACCUUAGAGGUGAAAUCACAGGUUUUAAGCAGGUUACCAAGCUAUACUAUCUCUACUACAGAGUAGUGAAAGCAUUUAAUGAUAGCUCUCUAAAACAUGCUAGCAUUAACACUUUCAUCAAAUAUUAUAGCAUGGGCAUCCACAUCAAUGCUCAGGCAAUUUUUAUAGUAUCUAUGAGCUGGUUAAUUAACCCCCAUCAGCCUUAUAAAUUAGAGGAUACUAGUGUUGUCAACAAGGUCCUAUCUAUGUGCAAAUUGCAGAAGAAGGAGAAGAUGAAGUGGGCUUUUAAGAUGGCAGAAUGGGACUUCCAGCAAAAAUUUAUGCGUGAGAAUCUGGUAUGGUAUAAGAACAAGCAGCCAGUGAUUAAUAUGGUGGAUGAAGAGGUGAUAGGUGCUCUAGAGUGGACAGGAUAUAUAACCCUACAGUAUAUGAUAUUAAUUAAUACUGUCUUGACCAUGCCAGGCUCAACUAUUACUAUAAUUAAUACAGUUAUUGCUUAUUAUAGUAUGGAAGAGGAUAACUUACCUUCUGCCCCCCCUGCGAAAAGUGUAAUUUUGUCUAUCUGCAUUAAAGCUCCACAUAAGCAGUCCCUUGGCUGUCACUUUGUUGACAUUCACGUCAUACCAUAUCCAAAAGAUAUGCGGGUUAAAUGCAGCAUCUGCAGGGAAGAAUUAGAGAGUAAAUUAGCAUUGAUAAACCAUGCUGAGACAGUGCAUGGAACUAUUCUUUAA